AUGAUGAAUUCCCUGCGCGUUCUUUCUCUGAUAUCACUAUUGGUCUUCUCCUGUGACGCCUUUGCUCCUGUCUCCAUGAAUGCCCGAUCGGUGACUUUGCGCUUGUCCGGAGAGACUCCAGAGCCUGUCAAAGAUGAUGAAACUCCUGCAGCUCCACCAGUGAAGUGUCCCGAUUGUGAUAUUUGCGACGGAUCUGGCCGUAUUACGGGUGGGUUGGGUGCUGUCUUUGAUUGGUUUCCAGUAAAGGCGUAUCGACCAUGCCCCAAUUACAUUGACAAGGGAGGCUUUUAUUCCAGAUCAGGACAAGGAUUGGAUGAGAUUGCGUUUGGAAGAGAUUCCACAUUCAAACCAGAAGACAACUAA